CGACACCGCCUUGCGUUGUCCAUGAGGGCUUAUAUCCGCGGCCUCCCUGCCUCUGCUCCCACAGCGCAACACUGAGCAUGGCGGUCCACAUGAAGAAGAUGCCCGGGCAAUUGACCGUGGUGAUAAAACUCGGCACAAGUUCGAUAGUCGACGAGAAGACCCACCAGCCGCUGCUGUCGAUCCUCUCCCUCAUCGUCGAAACAGCAUGCAAGCUCCACGCCGACGGACACCGCGUCGUCAUCGUCUCGUCUGGCGCCAUCGGCGUUGGCCUGCGCCAGAUGAACCUCCCGCGCCGCCCCAAGCACCUCCCCAAAGUCCAGGCGCUGGCUGCUAUAGGUCAGUGCAAGCUGCUGGCGCUGUGGGAUCAGUUGUUUGGCAAUCUGGGCCAGCAGAUCGCGCAGGUGUUGUUGACGCGAAACGACAUUGCGGACCGCACGCAAUACCAGAACGCGCAGAACACCUUCAUUGAGCUGCUGAGCAUGGGCGUCAUUCCAAUCGUGAACGAGAACGACACUCUCGCCGUCACGGAAAUCAAGUUCGGCGACAACGACACCCUGAGCGCCAUCACAGCAGGCAUGGUGCAGGCCGACUACCUCUUCCUCAUGACCGACGUCGACUGCCUCUACGACAAGAACCCGCGCACAAACCCCGACGCCAAAGCCAUCGAAGUCGUCGAAGACAUCGCCGACCUCACCGCCGACGUCAACUCUGCCGGCUCCGCCCUGGGCACCGGCGGUAUGAGCACAAAGAUCGUCGCCGCGCGCCUGGCCACCAGCGCAGGCGUCACCACCGUCAUCACCAAGAGCUCGAAGCCGGGCAACAUCUCCGCCAUCAUCCGCCACGCCGAGCAGGCGCGCAAGGCCCGCGCGUCAAGCCGCAACUCGGCGUCCUUCCCCGACGACGCGCCCGACCUGUCCGCGUCCACUGCCUCCUUGCCGGCGCCCCAGACAGACGACGCCCCCGUCCCCCUCCACACCCGCUUCCUCCCCAUCGCGCACCCGAUCCGCGACCGCUACUUCUGGAUCCUGCACGGCCUGGCGCCGCACGGGACACUCUACAUCGACGGCGGGGCGUUCAAGGCGCUGCACGACAAAGCGGGUCUCCUGCCCGUCGGCAUCGUAGACGUGGACGGGCACUUUGCGCAGCAGGAAGCCGUACGCCUUGUCGUCGUCAAGCGCGCUGCUCCCCCGUCGGCCGCGCCGCUCGCGUCCCCGACUACACAUACGCACACGCACACCCACGCCCCCAUCCCCCUGCGCCACCCUGUCCACGCGCUCGCGCAUCCGCACACUCCAUCUCACUCCCCCGCGCCUGCGCACCAGAACCCGCUCUUCGACCCUUCGCAAGCGCCGGUCGAGAUUGGGCGGGCGGUCGUCAACUACUCGGCCUCGGAGAUCCGGCGCAUUAGAGGUCUGCACUCGACGCAGAUUGUUAGGGCGCUGGGGUACGCGGAUAGCGAGUAUGUGGCGGUGAGGGAGAAUGUGGCUUUUUUGGGAGGCGAGAGGAGUAGGCCGGGGACGCCGGGGACGCCGGGGGAGGGGGCGGGGGAGAGACAUAUGGGGUGAGACCUUGAGGGGGUAGAAUUCAGAUGAGGCCUGGCGUAGAGAGUGUUUGGAUCGUUCAGAGACGGCUUGCUUUAGAAGGAACG